CAUGGCUGACUACUUAAUCAGUGGUGGCACAGGUUAUGUUCCUGAAGAUGGACUCACCGCUCAACAGCUUUUUGCUAUUGGUGACGGGCUGACAUACAAUGAUUUCGUAAUCCUCCCUGGUUUCAUAGAUUUCACUUCUGAUGAGGUGGAUCUGACUUCUGCACUGACAAGAAAGAUCACCCUGAAGACACCUCUUAUUUCGUCUCCUAUGGAUACAGUCACAGAAUCAUCCAUGGCCAUUGCCAUGGCACUGAUGGGUGGGAUUGGAAUAAUUCAUCAUAACUGUACUGCUGAAUUCCAGGCCAAUGAGGUGCGAAAAGUCAAGAAAUUUGAGCAGGGCUUUAUCACUGACCCGGUGGUAAUGAGUCCUCAUCACACAGUUGGGGAUGUGUUUGAAGCUAAGACCCGCCAUGGUUUUUCUGGGAUACCAGUGACAGAGACAGGAAAGAUGGGCAGCAAGCUGGUCGGCAUAGUCACCUCCAGAGAUAUAGAUUUUUUGUCUGAGAAGGACCAUGGCAGACAUCUAGAAGAGACCAUGACAAGGAGGGAAGACCUAGUUGUUGCACCAGCUGGAGUCACACUAAAAGAAGCAAACGAUAUACUGCAACGAAGCAAAAAAGGUAAGCUCCCCAUUGUAAAUGACAACGAUGAGCUGGUUUCCAUUAUUGCUAGAACUGACUUAAAGAAGAACAGAGAUUAUCCUCUGGCUUCCAAGGAUUCACGCAAACAGCUGCUGUGUGGGGCUGCUAUUGGUACCAGGGAAGAUGACAAAUACAGAUUGGAUCUCCUCGUGCAAGCUGGGGUGGAUGUGGUAGUCCUGGACUCCUCCCAAGGAAACUCAGUGUAUCAAAUCAGCAUGAUAAACUAUAUCAAACAGAAGUAUCCUGACCUACAAGUAGCUGGAGGAAAUGUGGUGACAGCUGCUCAGGCUAAAAACCUCAUAGAUGCUGGUGUGGAUGCUCUGAGGGUUGGCAUGGGAUGUGGCUCCAUCUGUAUCACCCAAGAAGUAAUGGCAUGUGGACGGCCCCAAGGAACAUCGGUCUACAAGGUUGCAGAGUAUGCCAGACGUUUUGGAGUCCCAGUAAUUGCUGAUGGAGGCAUUCAAACUGUUGGACAUGUGGUAAAGGCUCUUGCCCUGGGAGCAUCUACAGUGAUGAUGGGGUCUUUGCUUGCUGCAACCACUGAGACUCCUGGAGAAUAUUUCUUCUCAGAUGGAGUGCGCCUGAAAAAGUACAGAGGGAUGGGCUCUUUGGAUGCUAUGGAGAAGAAUAACAGUCAAAAACGCUAUUUUAGUGAGGGAGAUAAGGUGAAGGUGGCUCAAGGAGUCUCAGGAUCAGUACAAGAUAAAGGCUCUAUCCAAAAAUUUGUUCCCUACCUUAUUGCUGGCAUACAACAUGGCUGUCAGGACAUUGGGGCCAAGAGUUUGUCCAUUUUGAGAUCAAUGAUGUACUCAGGAGAGUUGAAGUUUGAGAAGCGAACCAUGUCUGCUCAGAUGGAGGGAGGAGUUCAUGGUCUUCACUCAUAUUCCUUUGUGCCAUUUAUGAGAAGUGGCUUCAAUGAGGCAGGAGGAAAAGGAAACACACGAUCAGGACCUAAUGUCCCGUCUCCCACUGCUUUGAGCAGAUGCAACGGGCGAAUGUAA